AUGGCCGAGGAAGCGCAGGGCCUGGUGAUGUUUGAGGAUGUGGCUGUGUAUUUCUCCCGGGAGGAGUGGGGGCUCCUUAAUGUGACCCAGAAGAGCCUAUACCAUGAUGUGAUGCUGGAGAACUUUGCACUCAUUAGCUCCCUGGGACUUGCACCUUCAAGAUCCCAUGUGUCCACCCAACUGGAGGAUGGUGAAGAAUCCUGGGUUCUGCCGGUUCCCAGCAGGGUGAAAGUGAUUCCAGUCAGUAGAAUGGAGGCCAAGAUAGGUCCUGGUCUUGUCUGGUGGAGCACAGGUCUGCUGGGCCAGCCCUUCUUCAUCUAG